AAUCCAAUUUAGAAGCCUCUUUUGAGUUUCAAUUAAAAAAACAAGAUAAAAACUAAAAAGGGUUUUUGAGUGGUUGAAUUAUAUAUAAAAAAAGCCCGGGAAGAAAUUUUGGAAAAACAAACAACUACUAUCUUUGAAGCUUUCAGCAUUUUCGUCAACCAACACCCACCAAAAGCACCACGACAAAUCCAUCCAUUACACUUAUAGAUUUUUCUGCUUUCGAUGUCAACAAAUUUACAGAAACUUCCAACCGAUUCAGUUCCCAAAAACCCAUCUCUCCAAUCUUCCCAAAAAGCUUCAUGGCUGCCAGGAUUCGGCCAUGGCUUCUCUCUUGUUUUUUCACUUACGGUUUUUUAAUUAUUAUUAUUCCUUUUUGUCAUGGCCAAUCCCCUCAAAAUAUCGAAACUUUCUAUCCGUUUACAGCUCCGCCACCCGAAAUCCCACCUUCAUUGCCUCCCGAAGACUCUCCGGCGCAACCGGAAUCACGGCCGCUGCCGGUUCCUUUGCCGCCAAGAAAGUCUUCGUCAAAGAGUGAGAUUGCCAAGGCUGUGGCAGCCACCGUAGCCUCCACUAUGGUGAUUUCUGGGUUGGUUUUCUUUUUUGUGCAGAGGUACCUUGUUGCCCGGCGCAAGAGAAUUAAAGGCGGUGGUUAUGGUGGUGGCGGUGGUGGUGGUAGUGGAGGUUCGCAAGGUGGCCGGCCUCAGCCGCGGCCUCCUGUGGCUGAUCAGAGUGAGUUUGGCAGAUAUGAUGGGAAUCUCAAGGGGUUCGUUGUUGAUGAGAACGGUCUCGAUGUGCUUUACUGGAAGAAACUCCGAGCAAAGAAUUCGAAGAAGAGUUUUCGAAAAGAUGGUGAAGAAGACGAAGGGAGUAGCAGAAGAAGAAGGCAUGAGCGUGCACGGGAAGUUCCUCUCCUCAGAGGAAAGUCUUCAGCUUCCCACAUCAAUGAUGUGCCAGAAGUAGUGAAUGAUCGAAAUCGAAAUGGAUCAACGGCUCUUAAAGCUGUUGAAAUAUCGGAGGAACCAGAAGUAGAGCUAACUGUUAGAUCAUCAAGUCCUCCGCCUCCCCCUUCUCCACCACCAACACCGCCGCCUCCGCCGCCACCUCCUCUGCCAAUUCGAAACAAUAAAGGCUCCUCAGCGCCUCCUCCUCCUCCUCCUCCACCGAAAGUUUCAGCUAAGAAUGGUCCUGCACCGCCGCCUCCUCCACCCAAAGCACGGAGUUUGAACGAGCUGUCAAAAGCGUCUCCAGGGCCGAAAGGCAAAUCAGGGGAGUCUUCAGCAGGAGCAGGAAAUGUUAAGGUGAAACUGAAGCCACUGCAUUGGGACAAAGUGAGCACACAUAAUACUCAGCAUUCCAUGGUGUGGGACAAAAUUGAUGGUUCAUUUAGAUUUGAUGGUGACCUAAUGGAAGCGCUUUUCGGCACUGUUGCCACCAACCGGCUAUCCCCCGGAAAAGACAGCAGCCAAGCGAGUCCGGGGGGCACCAACGUCGGUCCAUCACAGCAGAUUUGCAUCCUGGAUAGCCGGAGAUCCCAGAACAUUGCGAUUGUCAUAAAAUCGCUGACGAUUUCUCGAAAGGAAAUCCUUGAUGUGCUCAUGGAAGGCAGGGGGCUAAAUGCAGAGACUCUUGAAAAACUUGUUACUAUUGCUCCAACGGAAGAAGAAAAAUCCCAAAUCCUCGAGUACAGCGGAGAUCCUACAAGGCUUGCAGAUGCUGAGCGUUUCCUCUAUCACAUUCUCAAAUCUGUUCCCUCGGCGUUUACUCGAUUCAAUGCCAUGCAUUUCAGAUACAACUACGACACAGAGAUUGCCAGCCUCAAGGAGUCUAUACGAACAAUUGAACUCGGGUGCAAGGAGCUUCGAACUCGAGGGCUGUUCAUGAAGUUGCUAGAGGCGAUUCUCAAGGCUGGAAACCGCAUGAAUGCAGGAACCUCGAGAGGAAAUGCACAAGCAUUCAACCUCAGUUCUCUUCGAAAACUAUCCGACGUUAGAAGCAGUGACGGGAAAACAACACUGCUGCAUUUCGUUGUGGAAGAAGUGGUGCGAUCUGAGGGGAAACGGUGUGUCAUCAACACGAAUCGUAGCUUGAGUCGUAGCAACAGCCAGAGCCAUAACAGAAACUCAAAUACUGAGAAUAUAAAACCAAAAGAGGAAAGAGAGAGGGAGUACAUGACGCUAGGAUUGCCCGUGGUUGGAGGCAUCAGUGCCGAGUUCUCUAGUGUGAAGAAGACGGCUAGUAUAGAUCAUGACAGCUUUGCAAAGAUGUGCUCGGCUCUCACAGCCCGCGUGGCGGAAACCAGAGAACUCCUGCUCCAAUGUGAGAACAACGGUGGUGGAAGAUUCGUUAGGGACAUGAAUGGUUUUCUUGAAGCAGCAGAGGAAGAGCUGAAGGUGGUGGGAGAAGAGCAGAGCAGGGUGAUGGAGUUGGUGAAGAAAACAACAGAAUACUAUCAAGUAGGGGCUUCUAUGGAUAAAGGGGCUCACCCAUUUCAACUAUUUGUCAUUGUUAAGGAUUUUCUAGGCAUGGUUGAUCGAGCGUGCGUUGAAAUUUCUCGAAAUGUACAGCGGAGGAAGAAGAAGGUUACAGCGAGUUUAGGGUCAUCGUCAGCAGACUCGCCGCCCAGGAACCCCGUGAGGUUCCCAGUAUUGCCUAAGAAUUUCAUGUCAGGAAACUCUACGAGCACUAACAGUGAAUCAGAUAAUGAUUUUUGAAUUGGCUUUCUACAAUGUAUAUGGAUUACAAACUCGAUUACAAUCUGAAAAUAGCUGAGAGUUUUUUCAAAGUUUCAA